UUUAAAAAGGAAAAAUAAAUUUCAAAUGAAUGUGAAUAGUAACACUUGCAGUAGCACAACAACAAAGUGUAAUAAAAACUUGGGAAUUGUGGUUGAAUGUAUUGAGAAUAGUAGUGUUUCUAAUACUGAUGAAAGCCAAGCGUUGUUGUUAAAUUCUGGUCAAAAUAGCAAAAGAAAAUUGUCUGAUCGAUUGGAAGGGAAUACUAACAAGAUGGCUAACACGAAUAUGGAAUCUACACCAACUAAAACUGACAUGGAAGAAUAUUUAAACAGUAGUAAACACAAAAAGAAAAGUUUAAAUCAACAACCUUCACGUUUUGAACGAGGCCGUUUGGGUCUAAUUACUUUUUUGAAUAAUAUUACGGCUUCGCCAACAAGUUCUGAUUUGGAUAAUACUUCUGAAGAAUUGUUUAGAAAAAAUGUUCGUAGUCACAGCAUAACCUCCUCAACAACAACACCAACCGCAUCCUCCCACCACCCUCAAAUAAAAAUACCAGAAUACAAAAAUAUCAAUAAAUCAACCAAAAGUUUAAGUGGAAAAUUGACAGUUUCUGAAAAAUUUGGAAAUGAAAAUCAUCAAAAAGAGGAAAAAGCGUUGUCUGUUGGUGAUGUCCCUUUAAACAGUGGUGGAAAAAUGGAAAAUUCAAUCUCCAAUGAAUUCAAUAAGGAAAAUGGAAAUGUGACGGAAAAUCAAAAUUCGGCUGCUCCGGCAGAUAAACUUUCAAUUAAAAGUGGUGUUAGUAUGGCGGCUUCUUCAAAUUCGGGUCCAUCAGAAUCAUUAUUUUCUGCCGGAUCAGCUCAAAGCAAUACAUCAGGAAUUAAAUCAUGCAUGAAACAGGAAUGCCCAAUUUGUUGUAUUAGACAAUCUGCACAAAAUUUUUAUCGAUUUAAAGCUUGUGCACAUAUUUUUUGUAAAGGCUGCCUUGUUAAGUUUAUUUGUGUUGAAAUAGCAGAAAGCAGAACAAACAUAUCAUGCCCAGAAUGCCCAGUCUCUCUUCAAAUUAGCGAUAUUUACAAUUUACUUUCUCAUCAACCCGAAAUGCUGGAACGCUUUGAAUUAUAUUCUUUACGUCGUAUUUUGAGUAUAGAUCCAGAUACUCGUUGGUGUCCAGCUCCGGAUUGCACUUAUGCUGUUAUAGCAACUUCUUGUGCUGCCUGCCCCCAAUUAAAAUGUGAACGUUGUACUACAAUGUUUUGCUAUCAUUGUAAAAGUUAUUGGCAUCCAAACCAAACUUGUGAUCAAGCUAGAUCGAGAUCGUUUUUUAAUUCUCCGUUAGUUUCGUCUCUUCGUUCGUCUUUACCUACUAACAAUAAUAAUAAUCUUGUUGAGUCUACACGUGGUGGAAAUUUUGUUAUUUCUGGAGGUUUUUUUUUUGUUUAUUUUUGUGGAUAAUGGAAGGGAUGUCCUGGGCUUAUUGUUAGCAAAAAGUCAGGGGUUUGGAGAUUUUCACAAGUCGGGCUUCUGGAUUUAUUUCUUUGGGUGGUUCUGGACCGUUCAUGAUCAGGCUAGAUCAGGAAAAAAAUUUUUCAAAAAUAGUUUCCCUCCUGGAUGGUCCUCGAAACAGUUUUCCCCGGCCAGGGAAGGAUGUCGCAGGACCCGGCCCAAUUGUAGUUCAUGUGGAGUAGUGGGUUGUGUUUACGAUUUUUUGGGUUAUAGGUUUAAGGUUCGAACCCCUUCGGGAAAACUUUUUUGUUAUUUAUCUAAAAAUGCUUUAAAGC